CCUAAUUUCUCAAUCAAACCUCUUUUCUCAUAACCCUUCUAUUUCUUUCUUUGUUUACGAUUUGCGGUUGCAAUUCUUUUUCUUAAACUUGUGAUUUCUUCCUUCCCUUGCCUUGCUUUGUCCACUUGUGGCUUGUUAUUUAUAUAUUAUCCCCUUGCCUUCUUGUUUUGAAACAAUAUUGAAACAUAAUUCCCCUUGUUAUUUAUAUAUUAUCCCCUUAUUGUUUCUCUCUCCAAACAAUUUUGAAUCAUCAUGUCUGAAGUUACACCACCCGAAACCACCAUCACCACCACCAAUCACUCCAUUCAUCCUACCUUAACCGUCAACAAUAUCACAAAUUUCAUCAAAAUUACUCUAGAUAUUGAAAAGAGUCAAUACAAUACAUGGUCUGAGUUAUUUAAAAUCCACGCUCAAGCUUACGAGGUUCUUGACCACAUCAUCCCUACACCCACCACCGAACCUACCUCUUCCUCUGUCUCUCUCAAAGAAACUGACCCAGCCCUAUGGAAACGCCUUGAUGCCAUAGUUCUGCAGUGGAUUUAUGGUACCAUAUCCAUUGACCUUCUCCAUACCAUUAUUGAGCGUGACUCUACCGCACAAACAGCAUGGGACCGUCUCUUCAACAUCUUCUUUGACAACAAAAAUUCUCGUGCACUCUAUCUAGAGCAAGAAUUCUCGUGUCACCAUGGAGCAAUUCUCAGAUGCCUCAUCAUACUGCCAACACAUUAAGUCUCUUUCUGAUCAAUUGUCUAAUGUUGGUGCACCUGUUUCCAACGAACGUAUGGUUCUUCAACUCAUUUAUGGCCUCUCUGAUGCUUAUGCUACAGUUGGCUCUCAAAUUCGUCAUUCUGAAAUUCUGCCUCCUUUCUACAAGGCUCGAUCUAUGGUUGUCUUGGAAGAAACGGCCAUGGCCAAACGCACGCAGAACAACAUUGAUAAUUCUGCGUUUAUUUCUUCUCAGGAGAAAAAUUCUCUCAACUCUCCUCUUGCUCGAGCCAGCCGAAACCAACAAAUCACCACUAGCAGUCGCGGCGGACGCAGUAGCUCAAGCAACUAUCGUGGUGGACGAACUCGCGGUCGUGGUCGAGGCGGACGAUCACAUUAUCAUCAAAACAGGACAUGGAAUCAGUCGUGGGCAUAUCCUCCUUGGGUUUCACAGUGGCAGCCAUGGGCCACUCCUCCUUGCCCUUAUCAUACCAUUGGAAAUUGGCAGCAAUCAGUCGCUCCAAACCGCCAACCAGGCAUUCUUAGACAGAGACCACAACAGGCACACAUGGCUUCAACACAACCGUCAUACACACCAACAGACAUUCAAGCUGCAAUGCAGACUUUAUAUAUGGCUCCUCCUAACGAGCAGUGGUACAUGGACACAGGAGCCACAUCUCAUAUGACGGCAAACUGAGGAUUUUCAGAUAGGAAUGCCCCUAAUGAGAUGUGAUAGCUCGGGUGACCUAUAUCCCCUUACUACCAGACCACCGACUCAACUCUCAACACCCUCUUCUUUCAUUGCUUUAUCCAAUAAUUUAUGGCAUAAUCGUUUAGGACAUCCAGAAGCAUCUAUUUUAAAUUCUCUUUAUAGAAAUAAUUUUAUUUUUUGUAAGAAGUCUCAGCACAAUUCAGUUUGUCAGUCUUGUCAAUUUGGAAAACAAAUAAAAAUGUCAUUUUAUGAAUCUUUGUCUCACACUUUAUUACCGUUUGAUAUUGUACAUAGUGAUCUUUGGACAUCACCAACUCUUAGUUCUGGUGGUCAUCGUUACUAUAUUUUAUUUCUAGAUGAUUUCACAAAUUUUUUAUGGACUUUUCCUAUUGCACACAAAUUCCAAGUUUAUUCCAUUUUUCUUCAUUUUCGCAAUCACAUUAAAACACAAUUUGAAAGAGAUAUAAAAUGUUUUCAAUGUGAUAACGGAAAAGAAUAUGACAAUACUUCUUUCUAUAAUUUCUGUAAACAAAAUGGAAUGAGCUUCUGGUUUUCUUGUCCUCACACCUCACCUCAAAAUGGAAAAGCCGAAAGAAAAAUUCGUACUAUUAACAAUAUCAUCUGAUACUCUUCGUGAGUACAUCAUGUCUCACCUUAGUUGUGAAUUUGCUAUGAAAGAUUUAGGCCCUAUUAGUUAUUUUUUGGGUAUCUCCGUUACUAGACAUUCAAGUGGUCUCUUUCUCUCUCAACAUAAAUAUGCCGAAGAGAUAAUUGAGAGAGCUUCCAUGUCAUCUUGCAAACCAGUCUCUACCCCCGUAGACGCUAUAUAAAGCAAAACUCAGUGGCCUCUCAGGUAACCCCUAUCAAAAUCCAUCUGAAUAUCGAAGUCUUACAGGUGCAUUGCAAUAUUUAACUUUCACACGACCUGAUAUCGCAUAUGUCGUCCAACAAGUGUGUCUAUUUAUGCAUGAUCCUCACACACAACAUAUGACUGCCUUGAAGCGAAUUAUUAGGUACAUUAAGGGUACCAUUCACCAUGGACUACACCUCUCUCCUUCACCAAUUUAUACCCUCAUCACUUAUACAGAUGUUGAUUGGGGAGGGUGCCCAAAUACGCGAAGAUCUACAUCUGGAUAUUGUGUCUACCUUGGGAAUAAUUUGAUCUCUUGGUCUGCAAAACGACAAUCAACUUUAUCCCGCUCUAGUGCUGAAGCAGAGUAUCUUGGUGUUGCUAAUGUUGUUGCUGAAUCUUGUUGGCUUCGAAACUUAUUAUUCGAACUCUAGUGUCCGAUCAUCAAAGUCACUCUUGUCUACUGUGACAAUGUUAGUGUUGUUUACUUGUCAGGUAAUCCUAUCCAACAUCAACGCACAAAACAUAUUGAAAUGGAUAUCCAUUUUGUGCGUGAAAAGGUUGCUAAAGGUCAAGUACGUGUUCUACAUGUCUCAUCUCGCUUCAAAUAGCUGACAUUUUUACCAAGGGUCUUCCGCUGCAAUUAUUUGAUGAUUUCAGAGAUAGUCUCAACAUCCGUCAACCUCCUGUUUCGACUACGGGGGCGUAUUAGAAUAUAAAAUAUUCAUUGUAUAAAUUGUUAAUAUAUUGUAUAUUAGUAAUAGAUAAUUGAGGCACAAGUUAGAUAUACUUGAUGCCCAAGAUACUUGAUGCCCAAGUUAGAGAUACUUGAGGCCCAAGACGAUAUCAUUGUAUAAAUACACACUAUAGCAUAAUG